GCAAGCAGAGAUGGAGUGAAGGCUGCAGAGUAUGGGCUUUGGGUGUUCUUACUGUUUCCUCCAUUCGAAUCGAUCGAUGCUUACUUCCUCUUAGAAAUGGAAACCUUCUUCUCUUCUGAUUCUUCUUCUGCUGCUGCUAAGGAAUUCUCUUUGGAUCCAAAGUGGUUAGUUGAUCCCAAGCAUCUGUUUGUUGGUCCCAAGAUUGGAGAAGGAGCUCAUGCCAAAGUCUAUGAAGGAAAGUACAGGAAUCAGAAUGUGGCCAUCAAAAUUGUUCACAAAGGAGAUGGCCCUGAGGAGGUGGCUAAGAGAGAGGCCCGCUUCACAAGGGAGGUUGCAAUGCUUUCCAGAGUUCAACACAAGAACCUGGUGAAGUUUAUUGGAGCAUGUAUGGAGCCUGUCAUGGUAGUUGUGACUGAACUUUUAUUGGGUGGAUCAUUGCGUAAAUACAUGCUGAAUAUGCGGCCUAGGUGCUUGGACAUGCAUGUAGCCGUUGGCUUUGCGUUGGACAUCUCUCGAGCAAUGGAAUGCUUACAUUCGCAUGGCAUUAUCCACCGUGAUCUGAAACCAGAAAAUUUGUUGUUGACUGCGGACCAGAAAACAGUGAAACUUGUGGAUUUUGGUUUAGCUAGAGAAGAAACACUGCAAGAGAUGAUGACUGCCGAAACUGGGACAUACCGUUGGAUGGCGCCAGAGCUGUACAGCACUGUCACAUUAAGGCAUGGGGAGAAGAAGCAUUACAAUCACAAGGUGGAUGCUUACAGCUUUGCGAUUGUGUUAUGGGAGCUGCUACACAACCGAUUGCCGUUUGAAGGCAUGUCAAACCUGCAAGCAGCAUAUGCGGCCGCUUUUAAAAAUGUCAGACCCAGUGCAGAAAAUCUCCCAGAGGAGCUGGCAUUAAUUUUAACCUCAUGCUGGGAUGAGGACCCAAAUUCUCGACCCAACUUCAGUCAAAUAGUCCAAAUGCUUCUAGAUUAUUCAUCUUCCAUUUCAUCGCUGGAGCCUGUGAUUCCUUCACAUGUCUUCACCUCCGAAAACAAGCUCUUACCACCCGAAUCUCCAGGCACAAGCUCCUUGAUGGCCAAACGCGAUGACUUGGGUGAAACCCCCAAGGCCAAAUUGGCAAACAGACCGAGGGGAGUAUUCUUCUGCUUCAACCAUUGCUACUGAUCGCCGGCCUAAUCUCUAAACCUGCAGGUCUGACCAUCUAUUUUAUUGUCUUCUUCUUUUUUCCCAUUUGUUGCUAUUGCAUUUCAUUUGAAUGCUGUUAGUGGAGAUACCCUUAGUCGACUAAUUUCAUUCCAUCAAUCAACAUAUGGACAAGGCUGAUCUCAAUCACUGGCUCUGCUAAGCAAAGCAAGCUAAACUCAUCACCUUGCAUUUGAUGGCCUUGCUGAAUAUCCAUACAUUGGGAGAUUGUAACUAGCUCCACGAAGAAGUCAGUGGUUCUAUGCUUGUCGUAACAGACCUGUUGGGAAUUCUCAAUUACCUUUUGUUUGUUGUAAGAAAGAUGCUUAUUGUUCAUUCUGUCUUCUUUUUUAUUGACAAAGAGUUGCUUUGGUUGGAACAAUCAUUGAUCUGUGUCAAUGAUUAGGGCCUGAUUUGGUCAACACCUUAAAAUAACUUUUUCUAUUUUAGUUAAUUGUAAUUAUGUAUUGGAGAUUAUAUGAAAGGGAAAUUUUAUAGGAUUGCUACAA